GCUUAUUAGCUUCCCUGUUUAUAUUGGGCCAUGUCUAUGGAAACAUAAAAUCUGUCUCCCCCCCACCCCUUUCCUUCUUCUCUGUAUCUGUCUAUCUCUCUUCUUCUCCCUCGUUUCUUCGCCCGAAACUUGCGUCAAUAAUCGGUCAUGCAUGCCGUCUGAUUGCUGCUAACGGAACCCGGCGAGGUACUAUUAUUUGCUCGAUUUUCCGUUUCGUCGCCGAUUCGGUUUUUUUUUUUUUUUGGGGGGGGGGGGGGGCGCGUUUUGGGUAGUUGCUGGGUCAGAUCUGGUUGUUUUUGCUCUCAUAUGUUGAUUUGAGAGAGAUUUUGGGUUUUAAAAAUUGUUUCUUCGGCAUCUAUUACUCAAUUUGGGAUGGUUUUGAACGGAAUUUUAAAACUAUAGGGGUUUUGGGUGUUUUUGGCUGCGUCUAUGGAAGAGGGACGAAGAUAUGGUGACCCGUCAGGGUUUUUGGUGAAAAAUAGGAGCUCUUCGGGUUGUUUGAUUGUGAGAAAAAAGGGUAAUGACGGUGUAGGAGGAGUGGGUUCUUCUGGUUCACGAAAGGUUUUUGAGUCCAAGAAGGAGAAGAAGAGGGCUAGGAUGGAUACGAGUGAUUCAGGGUCUAGUGAUGAGCUGCUAAUGCCACCUCGAAGAAACCUAGACCCUGGAACUUUACGUGUUUGUAAUGGUUCGAGUUUUUAUGGUAAGGAUAUUGUAGAACAGGAUGAUACUGGUAGGAAGAGGAGUAGGGGAGAGAAUGCUAGGAGUAAUGAGGUUGAUGUGAUCGGUAGGAAUGGGGACGACUUCAGUGAGCGGAUGAGGAAUAGGUUAGAUGUGUUUGAGUUUGACGGAUAUGAUGGGAAUGAUGGAGAAAUGAUGAGGAGGAAGCACUUUGAUGAAGGUGGGAUGGAAGGGAGGAGGUUUUUUGGGUCAGUGAUGGUGGGGAGAAGUGGCAUUGAAAGGGAAUACGAGACGGGAUUGACUAGACAUCCUAUUGUUGAUAGAAGAAAGAGUUCAUAUUUUGGGAGGACAAGCAGGUUAAAUAGGGGGGAUCAUGGUGACAGAGAUUCGGUUCAUCCAUCUACAUCAUUUUAUAAGGAUAAAUAUGAUUCAGAUGAGCCAAUUAGGGUUCAGGGGAAAAAUGGUGUCUUAAAGGUAAUGGUGAAUAAGAAAAAGUUGGGUGGGUCUUUGAAAAGUUAUGACCUCUUGGAAUCAGAGGAAAAGAGAAAGGGUUUGAGGAUGGAAGAUACUGUCAAGAGGAAUGUUCUAAUCCGUCCUUCGUUUUAUCCAGAGUCUAAAAGUGCUGACAAAGCUAGUUCAUUUGUUGGGACACUGGAAAAACCAAUGAAUAUGCCGAGAUCGUCAGCUAAGAACUCGUCAACUAGGAAUGGUAAGGUCAGAGAUUCAGAGGAUAGUGAUACAUCUUUAAAAUUGGGACUGAAGAAUAUGGAGGCUCCUAAUUCUUUGAAAAUGCCAUUGCCAACUAGGAAUUGUAAGGGCCGUGAGGUAGAUUCAGAAGACAGUGAUACAUCAUUGAAACUGGGGCUAAGGAAUGCAGAAGUUCAUAAAUCUAUGAAAGGGACAAGCAUUGGUGGUGAAAUAACCACAUGCGAUCAGUUUCCAUCUACUAGAGUUAAGGAAGGCAAAGUUAAGCGUGGUAGUGGCACAGAAAAGCAGAAGUUGCGAGAACGAAUCAGGGGAAUGCUUCUGAAUGCAGGCUGGACGAUAGACUAUAGACCAAGAAGGAACAGAGACUACCUAGAUGCUGUUUACAUAAACCCCACAGGAACAGCUUAUUGGUCCAUCAUCAAGGCAUAUGAUGCACUUCUAAAGCAAUUAAAUGAUGAAGAACUGGCAAAAUCUAAGGUUGAUGGUUCUCCAUUUACACCACUAUCAGAUGAGGUGCUCAGCCAACUAACAAGGAAGACUCGGAAGAAGAUUGAGAAAGAAAUGAAAAGGAAGCAAAGGGACAGCAGUGAAAGUGAGAAUGCACGAGAAACUGCUGCAAGAAAGUCUUCAAGUUCCAGGCAUGAUGAGGAAAGCAUGGAUAGUGGCAGCCAUGAAGAGAAACUGAGCUCCUUCAUAAAACAGGGUGGUAAGUCAUUGAAGAGUAGAACAAAUGGCAACGGUUCUCUCAAUGUAAACACAAAAGGUCAAAGUUCCACUCAUCAUCUGCAUGAUGGCAUGGAGAAAGUGCCAUCUGGAUCCAAUUCUCAUCAAGGAAGAAAAAGUAGAAAACUUGGCAGAUGUACUUUGUUGAUACGGAAUUCUAAUGAAAGGCUAAACUCAGAGAGUGAUGUCUUUGUUCCUUAUUCUGGCAAACGGACACUGCUCUCCUGGCUGAUUGAUUGUGGAAUUGUGCAGUUGAGCCAAAAGGUGCGCUACAUGAAUCGUCGACGAACAAAAGUAAUGCUGGAGGGCUGGGUUACAAGAGAUGGUAUUCAUUGUGGUUGCUGUAGUAAAAUCCUCACAGUUUCAAAGUUUGAGAUCCAUGCAGGGAGCAAACUACGCCAACCAUUUCAAAAUAUAUAUCUUGAUACUGGGGUUUCCCUUCUGGAGUGCCAGAUUGAUGCAUGGAAUAGACAGGAGUCGAUUGAGCACGUUGAUUUUCAUUCUGUAGACAUUGUCGGUGAUGAUCCAAAUGAUGAUAUUUGUGGCCUCUGUGGCGAUGGUGGGGAUUUGAUAUGUUGUGAUGGUUGUCCAUCAACAUUUCAUCAGAGCUGCCUCGAUAUACAGAUGUUGCCCCCAUGUGAUUGGCAUUGUCCAAAUUGUACAUGCAAAUUUUGUGGGAUAGCCAGUGAGAACAUUUUUCAGGGAGAUGAUGCAACUACUUGUGAACUUCUUACUUGCAGCAUGUGCGCGAAGAAAUAUCACAAAACAUGCAUACUGGAGAUUGAUGCUCUUUCCACUGAUACCGGUAGUUCAUUCACUUGUUUUUGUGGGAAGACAUGUAGAGAGCUUUUUGAGCAAUUGCAGAAGUAUCUUGGGGUCAAACAUGAACUUGAAGCAGGAUUUUCAUGGUCUCUCAUUCAUAGAACAGACUUAGACCUGGAUAUAUCUCCUCAGGGAUUUCCUCAAAGAGUAGAGUGCAAUUCGAAGUUGGCUGUUGCUCUGUCUGUUAUGGAUGAAUGCUUUUUGCCUAUUGUUGACAGGAGGAGUGGGAUCAACUUAAUCUGUAAUGUUCUUUAUAACUGCAGAUCAAACUUUAAUCGGCUGAAUUAUACUGGUUUUUAUGCUGCUAUUCUGGAGAGGGGUGAUGAAAUAAUUUCUGCUGCAUCCAUCAGGUUUCAUGGAACUCAGUUGGCAGAAAUGCCAUUCAUUGGAACACGCCAUAUAUAUAGGCAUCAAGGGAUGUGCCGUCGGCUUUUUUGUGCCAUUGAAUCGGCACUGUGCUCCUUGAAGAUUCAGAAACUGAUUAUCCCUGCAAUUUCUGAACUUACUCAUACAUGGACAAAGGCUUUUGGUUUCACCAUUCUUGAUGAAUCACUCAAGCAACAAUUGAAGUCUAUGAAUAUAUUGGUGUUCGCUGGCAUAGAUAUGUUACAGAAGCAGCUAUUGGACCAGGAAAAUAUUGAUGGGAACAGGACUACCAGCUCAGGUGCAAAAAGAAUGGAAUUCAAAGAUGGUGAAAGUAUUAAAUGUGAGGUGGCAGUUAAAUCUGAUAUUGAUUCAGGGGAUAAGUUAGAUGAAGCUGCUUUGGUGAAGAAAAGUCAAUACAUCUCUGACACAAGUCAUUAUCUGGACAAGAUGGCCAAUAAAGCGAAUUCAGAUUCUCUUGCUGGAGAUAAUAAUCAGUCUUAUAAUCAGGGUGAUGCAUCUCCUACAAAUUCUGAUUCCCGUUUUCUGGGUGUUUCCUUAGAUGAUACUUCUGUGAUGAGCAGUUCUUUAGUUGCUUCUAGUGAACUUAAAACUUUAGGUGCAAUUGGGAGGAAUACAUGUGCUGAUUCUGAAUCAGGGGACAAGAUAGAUGAGUUGCCAUCUGAUAGGAAAUGUCUCAUUAUCUCUGAUACAAGUGGUGAUAGACAGGAGGAAAAUAAAUUGGAAGUGGCUUCUUCUGUCAAAGAUAAUAUUCAGCCUUGUGAAGAGGGCGAUAUUGGGAUUGCCCAUGCAUUAAAACUAAAUGAGUCUACUUCUGAUGAACUUAAAAUCUCAAUAGAAGGGACUAAAGCUGUUGAUUGUCAUUUAGAGGAUGAGUUUUCAGAACUAGCUUCCAAGGGGAAACAUCAGUUUGACUCCGGUGCAAAUCAUCGUGCAAUGGAGAUGCAAACUAAGCCUGUAGUGAAUUCUCACAUUGAGGAUAGAUCCCAGUCUGGACCAGAGGAUGUACACACAGUAAAUGUUGAUGUGGCUGGUCUUGCAGUUGUCCCUUCCACAAUAGAAACAACAGUUGACAACUCCAGUGAGAAAGUAGAUAACUCCAUUGAGAAAGUUGGUAACUCCAUUAUCUCCGUUUUGAUGUCCAAUGGUGCUGAUGAGAGUUCCAUGCAAGUUAACUUUGAUCCAAAUGAUGAAAUAGCCUGAGAGGGGAAGCAAGUUAGAUGUGGCUUCAGAAGCUGUUUCUGAAAGCAUUGUGAAGUGAGUGUUCCACAUGCUGUUGCAGAUAAUUUCAGGAAUGACGUGUGGUUGAAGGGAAAACUGAAUCAUGCUCUGUUUGAUGCUUUCAGAAUAUUCAUGUUCAGUGUUCUCUUUGCCACUUGAAUAAAUUAUCAAUGUGGAAUGCAGCGAUUGUACAUGAGUGCUGGGCCAUUGGUGCUUCUACCUUUGAUAUUAGCAAGAAAUUAUAGGUUUCUGAUGAGAAGUAAUUAGUUUUGCUGCGUAUGAUUUUAAAGGUUCUGGUUUAACUGUCGAGGAUAUCAAAAUUAACUCGGUGCUGACACCUUCAAAUUGGGCUCUUGGUGGAAGUAAUUGGUGCCAUAUGAGCUUGAAGUCUGAGGAGAAGUUGCUUCUGUGAAAACACAUCUUCUGUUGGUUGUUGGGCAGAUGCUUUGAAUUUUGCUGGCCAAUUUUCUCAUGCCUUUUUCAGCGUGUACAUAUCCGGAUCUGCCAAGUUCCACAUUCAUAGUUUCUGUGGAAGUCUUGUAUUAAUUCAUUUUUAUGUAGCAACGCCCUUUAUAUCUAUGUUAACUUGUCACAUCAGGUGGUUGCAGACAGAUUUUGAAUAGCAUUUUUCUUGUAAUUAUAACCUUCGUUCCAUAUGCCAGCAUUUGUUCGUAUAAUUUAUGUCAGCUGCAAGUUCUGUGCACA